AUGUCUGGCUUCGGUACGGGUGUUUCACUUAAAGGCUCAGGUAAAGAUGAUGUUAUUGGUGGUUUCACCGUUGUACGUAAUAAAAUUAAGUACAAAAAGAAGCGAGUAAGGAUCGAGGGGAUCCUACCAUUUUGGCUUUCGUCCCCCGUUGGAUGUUCUGAUAUGCUUGCAGAUGGCAUUCCACUAAAAAAAUUUGGAAGGAUUAGUGAGAAACUGCGUAAUAACUUGGUGCAAAUGGGUAUAAGUAGGCUCUUUCCGAUUCAGAGCGCCGUUAUUCCUAAUAUUUUGGAUUUUUACGAGAAUCGAGGCUGUCAUUUUUAUGGCCAGCCGCGAGAUGUCUGCAUAUCCGCUCCUACUGGCAGCGGUAAGACUUUGGCAUAUUUAGUGCCCAUCCUUCAGCUACUUAGCACGUGUAAAAUUAGAGUCAUUCGAGCUAUUGUUGUUCUUCCAGUCCGAGAUCUGGCUAAGCAAGUGGCCGAGACGAUUCAUCACCUCAUUCAUGGCAUUUCACUCCGUGUUGUUCUCCUCACCGGUGAGGACAGUUUUACGUCUGAGCAGGACAAUUUACUUACUACAAAUUCCGGGGAUCUUAUACUGCCUGACAUUAUCGUUUGUACACCUGGGCGCCUUGUGGACCACAUUUACAAUACUCCGAACCUUUGCCUCGAGCAUGUUCGAUUUCUUGUUAUUGAUGAAGCCGACCGUGUUAUCGUCGAAGAAAAACAGGACUGGUACAACGUUUUUGAAAGGGCGGUUUAUGGUGUUCAAAAUUUGUCUGAUUCAAAAGAUGGGCUGAAACGGUCAUUUCCUCUCCCAACCAUUGAGUCGCAAUGUUCGAUAUUGCUUUCGGCAACGCUGACCCAUGAUCCAGAACCACUGAAACGAUUCCGCCUGAACUUCCCUCGUUUAUUUUUGGCGUCGGGUCGACCAAUGGAACAUAAAUUGAAAGAAUCACUUCAAGAAAGUUACAUAGAAGGGUGUUGCAACAACGAUAUGCUCGUAACUUCUGAUAAGCUUGAAGUAAUGAAUCAUGACUCAACCGGAGUUAGAAAACAAGCUGGCGAUAGUAGCAUUUGUGGUGUUGGUGUCUUUUCGACGCCAAGUGGACUGAAAGAGUUCUUUGUUGAAUUGGCUGAAAGACAAAAACCUUUGUUUUUGGCUUAUCUCAUAAGGAGGAUGGGACAUGAAAGAAUUCUUUGUUUCACCAACUCUAGAGAAAUAACGAAAAGAUUGGCAGUUUUGAUGUCCAAUUUUAAAGGUGUCAAGGCUGCAGCAUUAAAUGCCGGUAUGCCACUGCAAAAAAGGGCUCGUCUCCUUUCUUCUUUCGCUAGUGGUGAAUUCCAGCUAUUGGUAUGUACAGAUGCGGUUGCCCGAGGUAUAGAUAUUGAAGAUGUUUCUUGUGUGGUAUCCUAUGAAGCCCCACAAUCAGUCAGGACAUAUGUCCAUCGUGUGGGUCGCACAGCCAGAGCCGGUAAAACUGGUCAAGCGUUUACGCUGCUUCUUCGAAAUCAGGUAAUACGAUACUUUAAGUCCAGUCUCAAAUCUGUCGGCAAACGUGCCAAGAAUUUUCCUAUCCAUAGUAGCCAAUUAAGAACCUACAAAGCUACCUACGAGAGUGCACUGUGCCACCUUGAAAAGGAAUUUAAGCCUAAGUACGUGCUUUCUCAGCACCUGUUGUUUUGCUUAGAUAUGUACUCUUAUCCCGCCACAGUCAAACCUAAAGAUGCUUUUGGUGUUGCUACGGUGGUUGAUGAUGAAAGUCCAACAAAGCGGUGA